CUCUUUAUGGAUAAUAGAUCUAGUAGUCUUCGUUUACUAAUUCUCUCUCACAAAUCCAAACAAAAAGGAACUGUGUACUUAAAUCCUGUAAUGACAAUUUCAUACAUACUAAACAAGAACUAUUAAAUACUAGGAUAAUACAUACUUGAAGAAAUAACAACUCUUCAUGUAGUCGUGUCUUUUUACAAUUUAAAAUUUGAAAAAUAAAAGUUACAUUUACCUUUACAACGUCGGUCGUUUUCCACACAAUAGAUUACCCACUUCUACUCGAUAGUUUUCUCUAUAAUAUAGAGACAAAAGAAGAGAGCAUUUAAAUUCUAAAGAACAAAAAAGGAAAAACAGAGCAGCCAUGAGAGCUUCUGUUUAUUCAUUGAUCCUACUCUUCUUCUCGUGUUUACUACAUCUAUCAAAGUCUCAACCGUUCCUCGGAGUAAACUACGGCCUAACCGCCGACAAUCUUCCACCUCCGUCAGCGAGUGCAAAGCUCCUUCAAUCCACAACUUUCCAAAAAGUCCGUCUUUACGGAUCCGACCCGGCUGUAAUCAAGGCCCUAGCAAACACGGGGAUCGAGAUCGUCAUCGGGGCGUCUAACGGCGAUGUACCCGGUCUAGCAUCGGACCCGAGUUUCGCCCGAAGCUGGGUCGAAACCAACGUGGUACCUUAUUAUCCAGCGAGCAAGAUUGUUCUCAUUGCCGUGGGAAAUGAGAUCACAUCAUUCGGCGACAACAGUCUCAUGUCGCAGCUUUUGCCGGCGAUGAAAAAUGUCCAAACUGCCCUCGAGGCGGCGUCUCUUGGUGGCGGGAAAAUCAAAGUCUCGACAGUACACAUAAUGUCGGUUCUAGCCGGGUCAGACCCUCCUUCGACCGCGGUAUUUAAACCGGAGCAUGCUGAUAUAUUGAAGGGAUUGCUAGAGUUUAAUAGUGAAACCGGGUCGCCUUUCGCGGUUAACCCCUACCCGUUUUUCGCUUACCAAGAUGACCGGAGACCCGAAACGUUGGCCUAUUGCUUGUUUCAGGCCAAUCCUGGCCGUGUCGACCCCAACAGCAACCUCAAGUAUAUGAACAUGUUCGAUGCUCAGGUUGAUGCGGUGUAUUCAGCUUUGAACUCGAUGGGGUUCAAGGACGUAGAGAUAAUGGUCGCUGAGACUGGAUGGCCAUACAAGGGAGACCCGGAGGAGGCUGGUGCAACAGUUGAGAACGCUAGAGCUUACAAUAAAAAUCUCAUUGCUCAUUUAAAAUCUGGGUCCGGGACGCCACUUAUGCCCGGGAGAGUGAUCGACACAUACUUGUUCGCAUUGUACGACGAGAAUCUCAAGCCCGGGAAAGGUUCUGAACGAGCCUUCGGUUUGUUUAGACCUGAUCUAACCAUGACUUAUGAUAUCGGGCUCACCAAGACUACCAAUUAUAACCAAACUUCCAUGGCUCCAUUGUCACCAACAAGGCCACGUCUUCCACCAGCCGCGGCCCCGACGAGACAAACAUUACCUUCUCCUCCGCAGAUGAUUCUUCCUUCACCAGUUACUCCCUCCGACAAAAACUCUGGGCAAACCGAUGUUCACAAUUCCACUCCGCGCUCUGCCUCUCUGGCUCACAUAUGCCGCUCUCUCUCUAUUUCGGCAUCGAUGUUCUUUGUCUCCGUUUUGUAUGCAUUGAUCAUAUUGUUGUAAAAUCUCUUCAUCGAUCUUAUAUUAUGUCUCUUACUAAUUUAAACUAAACUAUAAUUGAAUGGACUAAAACGAAUAUAAACAAAUGAAUAACCACUAACUAGAAUGGUUUAGACCAACUCCAUUGGAGGGUCCUUAAGAGUUUCUAG